CUUUCUCUUACAAGCAAAAAUCAAAUGGUAGACUGGUCGUCGUGCUCGUGCUUGUGGUUGUGGUUGUGGGAAGAUCUCCUUCUGUUUGGGCGAUUGAUUCAUUUCUCCAUCUCCUUCCUUAUCGGAUCUCUCUGCGGCAGCUUUACGCCGCCCGUUACGAUUACGAUUACGAUUACUUCUUCCUAACACAUCCUUUAUGUGAAAAAUAGCUACCUCCCCUGUUCCAGAAAAAAAGGAAAUUGGCUUAAAUGGCUGGUGGUAGGGGAAUUUACCACUUGCUGAGGAGCAGACUUCAUUCUCAAACCACUGCACCUCCAGCUUUGUCAUCUCUGAUUUCAAAGAAAGAACAAGAUGCUUCUGGAUCUGCUGGCAUGAAGUCCCUGAGGGCAAUUGCACUCCUUGGAGCAGGUGUUUCAGGGCUGUUGAGCUUUACAACUAUAGCAGCUGCUGAUGAGGCUGAACAUGGUCUAGAGUGUCCCAGCUAUCCUUGGCCUCACCAGGGCAUUCUCAGUUCAUAUGACCAUGCUUCGAUUCGACGUGGUCACCAAGUUUACACUCAAGUAUGUGCAUCCUGCCAUUCAAUGGGUUUGAUUUCAUAUCGUGACUUGGUGGGUGUGGCAUAUACAGAAGAGGAAACAAAAGGUAUGGCUGCCGAAAUUGAGGUGGUUGAUGGUCCUAAUGAUGAGGGUGAGAUGUUUACCCGCCCUGGCAAGCUAAGUGAUCGAUUUCCUCAACCCUAUGCAAAUGAGCAAGCGGCUAGAUUUGCUAAUGGAGGGGCCUAUCCUCCAGACUUGAGUCUGAUCACCAAAGCUCGUCACAAUGGACAGAACUAUGUAUUUGCACUUCUAACUGGGUACCGUGAUCCUCCUGCUGGCGUUUCGAUCAGGGAAGGUCUGCACUAUAAUCCCUACUUCCCUGGGGGGGCUAUUGCAAUGCCUAAAAUGCUUAAUGAUGGUGCUGUCGAAUAUGAAGAUGGCACCCCUGCAACAGAGGCUCAGAUGGGGAAAGAUGUCGUGUCAUUUUUGAGUUGGGCUGCAGAACCAGAAAUGGAAGAAAGGAAACUGAUGGGAUUCAAGUGGAUUUUCGUACUUUCACUGGCCCUGCUUCAAGCUGGAUACUACAGGCGUAUGAGGUGGUCUGUCCUCAAGUCUCGCAAGCUGGUUCUUGACGUGGUCAACUAAAGAUUCGUCUUGGUCAAAGGUUUGUGACAAGACUUGGAAUGAGGAAUAAUAUAAUUUCUGUGAAAGAAUACUAGUAGUACCAUGCAUUUUUUUGGCCUGUUCCUCGUGUAUUGUGUGUUUUGGUAAUGUGAUAGUAGCACUAGUUGGUUCAUUUUGGAACUUGGAAGCAAGGAAUAAGGGAGUCAUUUGUUUUAUAUAUUAAAUGUUCUGAAAUCCGUGGUCGGAUGGUACUUUGCUGUUUUGUAAUGGAUUUACGAGUUUUACAGUUUUACCCGUCGGCUUCUGAAC